UUGCUCGUUGGCCUUAGCCUCUUUAUCACACGAAUAAUUUCAAUUAUUGAAGGAACCAUAAAUACUAAGAAACGCAUAGGUUUUUUGGACUACUUUUUGGCAUUUGGCAAAGGCUUACUUUAUCGUGAAGAACUGCAAGGUCGUGGCUGGUUCCAACGGACGACGGCGUUGCGAUUUUUGAGAAAACAAUCGGCCACUUUGCUACAGCAUUAUAAAAGUGGUAUCGUAUAUUUUGCGGAUGAUGACAACACCUAUGACAUUAGACUAUUCACUGAGUAUAUACGAAACGUGAAAAGGCUAGGAAUGUGGCCUGUUGGUUUAUCCGGUGGUAAGCCAGUCGAAUAUCAAGUUGUAGAAAAUGGAAAGGUAGUUAGUUUUGAAGCUUGGUUACCAUCUCGACCUUUCGCUAUUGACAUGGCCGGAUUUGCAGUGAAUUUGAAUGAAAUACUGGAGUCAACUGCUGAAUUUGGCCCAGUGUGCAAAAUAGGACAAAACUCACCUGAAACGUGCUUUCUUAGUGAUCUCGGAUUUUCCAGAAAGGAUAUAGAACCGUUCGGAUAUCCGAAUCAGGUUUUUUUGGUCAUUAAAUGUGAAUCUACAAUAGUCAGUUGGUUUCAGGAAGAGGAUGUGGAAGUUCUCGUAUGGCAUACAAAAACAGUUCCAGUGAAAUCGGAUCGGUCAAAAUAUCCGCACCUUCCAUUCAUUUUUGAGUAA